CACAGACACACACAGCAUCCAUUCAAUUUGCGCACAAGCCCGACUCACUGAAACAAACGAGACGUUUAGCUCGUCAGGCGCUGCUAUAGAGAGACUUCUCUGUAGAGUGGCCAAGUUCCUUGAAGCGUCGGACAAUCCCUGCCUGCACGAGGAUCUGAGGCCUGCACUCCUGGCAUGGCCGUCCAACGGUCAAGUAGACUUGCACCCAUCAGCAGCAGCGCAAGUGCGCGGACGGACUCCUCUUCACCUCAUUUCAACGUGCACGCGGGGUUCGGUAUCGUCGCGACUCAACGACAGCGGUGCAAAUCCUCUGACAAGCACAAAUCGAUCCACGGCUGUCCUCAGUCGCUCAUGUGCAUCGAAAGACGCAGCACGACGCAGGCUGCCGAUCAUCUUGCGGCUAGCCUAGCCCUCUGCCCACCCAAGUUCCGUCUGGCAGGCGACAGUCUGAGCCGCUAGCGUGACUCGAGAGUUGUGAACGCCGUGUUGGCGGCCAGAGCUCUACGCAGCGAAACGUCUCAUACAAAUACGUCGCAAAGUAUCCCCAAGGGCUCGCUGCCGCCA